GGCCACCCCUGGAAGAAAUAGAGAAAGGCAGAGAACAAAGCUGGAGACCACUUUGCAAAAUGGUUCAUUUUGCAAAAGGCAAGGGAGCUGCAAGCAUGCAUAAAGGUGGUUCUCCCCAGUCUCCCGCCGCCCUUUGCAGGAAUUGAGACCCCCCCACACCCCCAAAGCAGCUUGGAUCUGGGGACUUUCCAAGGCACGUCUCCGUGUUUCUUGGAGGCAGAGAGAGCUCUAGUGGAGCCUGGCCAAAGGGUUCUGCGUCCGGAAUUCAUGGCGGAGAUCUGCGGGGAUCCAGCCUCUCUCGGUGAUGGGGACAAGAGUGAGAAAAACAGUGACGAGCACGGAACGAGAACAGUAGCAGAGCAGAAAAAAGGAAGGGAAUUUGUUGCUUUGGAAGGUGUCAACUCACUUGAAAUUCCAGUCCAAAAGGAAUAUACCAAAGGAAAUUCUUCUCUUGACCCUGGAAAGACAGUCCUGACUGGUGAACUCUUAGGUAGUAGCACAGGCCUUAGCACAUGUGCUGCAUUAGAGGAAAUGGAAGACCCACAGAAGUGUUCAGUGAGUGGAGAUAGUUUCAAUGUAAAUACGUGCAUUACAGUCCAUCAAACAAUCCAAGCAGGGGAGAAACCAUACAAAUGCUCCGAAUGUGGGAAGAGCUUCACCAAGAGAGAGCACCUAACUUCCCAUCGAAGGACCCACACGGGGGAGAAGCCAUACCAGUGCUCAGAGUGUGGAAAGCGCUUCAGUCAGAGCAUAAACCUCACUUCUCAUCAAAGAAUCCAUACAGGGGAGAAGCCGUAUAAAUGCUCCGAGUGCGGGAAGAGCUUCACUCAGAGAGAGCACUUGGCGUCACAUCACAGAAUCCACACUGGGGAGAAACCCUAUCAGUGCUCAGAGUGUGGAAUGAGCUUCAGCCAGAGCACAAAUCUCACGUCUCAUCAAAGAAUCCACACUGGGGAGAAGCCGUAUACAUGCGCAGAGUGCGGAAGGAGCUUCAGCCGGAGCACAGACCUUGCUAUCCAUCAAAGAAUCCACACCGGGGAUAAGCCGUAUUCAUGCACAGAAUGUAAGAAAAGCUUCAGUCGGAGUUCGGACCUUGCCACCCAUCUAAGAAUCCACACAGGGGAGAAACCCUUCAAAUGCUCCAUAUGCGAGAAGAGUUUUAGCCAGCGAUCAGCACUUACUUUGCAUUACAGAACCCACACAGGAGAGAAACCGUACGUAUGUUCGGAAUGCGGGAAGAGGUUCAGUCACAGCAAUAGCUUCACUUCCCAUCAAAGAAUCCACACAGGGGAGAAACCGUAUGUUUGUACUGAGUGUGGGAAGAGCUUCAGCCAGAGCUCAGAUCUUACUAUCCACCAGAGAAUCCACACAGGGGAGAAACCGUACACGUGUUGGGACUGUGGAAAGACCUUCAGUCACCGCAACAGCCUUACUUCCCAUAAAAGGAUGCACACGGGGAAGAAACCGUACACAUGCUCAGAGUGUGGGAAGACUUUCAGUCAGAGCUCAGACCUUGUUAUCCACCAGAGGAUGCAUACAGGGGAGAAACCAUUUACUUGUCCAGACUGUGGAAAAAGCUUUAGCCGGAGUUCCGACCUUGUUAUCCAUCAAAGAAUCCACACAGGAGAGAAGCCGUAUCCGUGUUCAGAGUGUGAAAAGAGAUUUUGUCGGAGUUCAGAUCUCGUUAUCCAUCAGCGGAUCCACACGGGGGAGAAACCAUAUCAGUGCUCAGAGUGCGGAAAGGGCUUCACGAAGAGAGAGAACCUGAAUUCCCAUCAAAAAAUCCACACAGGGGAGAAGCCGUAUACAUGUCUAGUGUGUGGAAAGAAUUUUCGUCACAGCUCAGCUCUUACUUCCCACCAAAGAAUCCACACAGAGUAGUAAACCAAACUGAGUCGCCUGAAAUAGAUUCUCUGGAGCAUAUAUUUUUUAAUUGUUCUUUUCAUACGGAAAGCCGAAGGGAAAUUAUCAGCCCGCUGUUGGAAAGGUUCCCUGGCAGAUCAAAUAAACCCAAAUUAGAUUAUCUUCUGUCAGAUAGGAACCACUAAACAAUAUGACAGGUGGCUAGGUUCUGUUCCCAGGUUUAUAAAGAACACAAAAAGCAAAGCAAAUAGGCCAAAUUGUAAAUCUUUUAACAAAUUUCAAAGUGACUUUUUAAAAUGAUUUAAAGGGUUAAAUAAUAAUCUUUUAAAUUCUUUUUUUUUACUGUUCUAACCCUCAUCAAAUUUUAACAUGCAGAUUCUUUGUGGGACUUUUUAUAAGGUACUUUUAAGGUCGUUCUAGAUGACUAAAAUGUUCUGAUCAUUGGCUGUAAUAAUAAAACUGAACUGAGUAAACACAUAAAA